GCUUAAUACUUAAAUUUUUUUACAAUUAACGGUAACUAGUAAAACCAGAAAUGCAUUUUGAUUUUGUACAAACCAACAUUCUAAUUUUAGUUUUUUUUUUCAAUUACAAUUUAAACGAUAAACAAAAGAGAAACUGGUUUAAAUUUAAUAAUGCAAAAGCAGAAGAAAGAAGGUGAGAGGAAACAGCGGAGAGAGACAGAGUCAGAGAGGUGUAGAAGUAGUAGCUGGUGAGCACUAAUAAAAGACCUUUCUUCGCUCAAUCGCCGCCGUAAAAUAAAACACCAUCACAUUCUCAUCCAACGAAUCUAAUCUAUCCGACCAAACCAAAGCUCUUAAAAAAUCUAUUUUUAUUCUUACUUCAAUCUCUGAAAUAAAUAAACAUAAAAUAUUGUAGCUUUCCUUUGUUGUUCGACUUUUCUCUUUUGUCUCCCCUAAAUUUAGUUUCUCCUUUUAAGUCAGAUUCCUUCCUAAUCCCAUUCUUUCAGUCUUCUCUUUCGCCCUUCUGAGUUCAACAACUGUGUUAUCUCUAUGAACAGUUCCUUUGAUGAAGAACACAAAGUGAAAGUUGCUGUCUUUAUAACCAGGAUUUGGUAAUUCCCAUUGUUUCAUGGGCAAUUCUUGCCGUGGAUCUUUCAAGGACAAACUCGACGAAGGCGAUAACAAUAAGCCUGAAGAUUACUCUAAAACCUCUACCACCAACUUGUCUUCUAAUUCCGACCAUUCACCGAACGCUGCAGACAUCAUUGCUCAAGAAUUCUCCAAAGACAACAACAGCAACAACAACAGCAAAGAUCCAGCUCUUGUUAUUCCUUUAAGAGAACCAAUCAUGAGGCGUAACCCAGACAAUCAAGCUUACUAUGUUCUUGGUCAUAAGACACCAAACAUUCGUGAUAUCUAUACCCUUAGCCGCAAGCUAGGUCAAGGUCAAUUUGGAACGACUUAUCUAUGUACAGAGAUUGCCUCAGGCGUUGACUACGCUUGUAAGUCAAUAUCCAAGAGGAAGUUGAUCUCUAAAGAAGAUGUUGAGGAUGUUAGAAGGGAGAUUCAGAUAAUGCAUCAUUUAGCUGGUCACGGUAGUAUCGUGACGAUUAAAGGAGCUUAUGAGGACUCUUUGUAUGUUCACAUUGUUAUGGAGCUUUGUGCUGGAGGUGAAUUGUUUGAUAGGAUUAUUCAGAGAGGACAUUAUAGUGAGAGGAAAGCUGCUGAGCUGACUAAGAUCAUUGUCGGUGUUGUUGAAGCGUGUCAUUCGCUUGGUGUGAUGCAUAGAGACUUGAAGCCUGAGAAUUUCUUAUUGGUUAAUAAGGAUGAUGAUUUCUCUCUCAAGGCUAUUGAUUUUGGGCUAUCUGUCUUUUUCAAACCAGGUCAAAUAUUCACUGAUGUUGUUGGAAGUCCAUAUUAUGUUGCUCCUGAGGUUUUGCUCAAACGUUAUGGGCCUGAAGCUGAUGUGUGGACUGCUGGUGUUAUAUUGUAUAUAUUGCUAAGCGGAGUCCCACCUUUCUGGGCAGAAACACAGCAAGGGAUAUUUGAUGCUGUGUUGAAAGGAUAUAUCGACUUUGAGUCAGACCCGUGGCCUGUGAUAUCCGACAGUGCUAAAGACUUGAUCCGCAGAAUGUUAUCCUCCAAGCCUGCAGAACGUUUGACCGCUCAUGAAGUCUUGCGUCAUCCAUGGAUCUGUGAGAAUGGUGUUGCACCAGAUAGAGCACUAGAUCCAGCUGUUCUUUCUCGUCUCAAGCAAUUCUCUGCAAUGAAUAAACUAAAGAAGAUGGCUUUGAAGGUUAUAGCUGAGAGUCUCUCGGAAGAAGAGAUAGCUGGUUUAAGAGAAAUGUUUCAAGCAAUGGAUACUGAUAACAGCGGGGCAAUCACAUUUGAUGAACUCAAAGCUGGGCUGAGAAAAUAUGGAUCUACCUUGAAAGACACAGAGAUCCAUGAUCUUAUGGAUGCGGCUGAUGUAGACAACAGUGGGACAAUAGAUUACAGUGAGUUCAUUGCAGCGACGAUCCAUCUCAACAAACUAGAGCGGGAAGAGCAUCUUGUUGCAGCGUUUCAAUAUUUUGACAAAGAUGGAAGCGGUUUCAUAACAAUUGAUGAGCUACAACAAGCGUGUGUUGAACAUGGCAUGGCUGAUGUUUUCCUUGAAGACAUCAUCAAAGAAGUUGAUCAAAACAAUGAUGGAAAGAUUGAUUAUGGUGAGUUUGUGGAGAUGAUGCAAAAGGGAAAUGCUGGUGUUGGAAGAAGGACGAUGAGAAAUAGUCUAAACAUUAGCAUGAGAGACGCGUAGAGGUUGUUUUCCCCGGUGUUUAAUAUGUUAGUGCGAUCGUGACUGCGAAAAUGUUCUUAUUCAUGGAAUCAACAACCUCAAUGCUCACCACCUAGAAGGCGAUGAAAGAAGACCAAACCGGAUUCAUACCUGUGGAUGGUUCGAGUUUUGUUUAACGACUGUGUGAUUAAUCGUCAAGUAGUUUUGGAGGUUUUUUCUUUACCUCUUUGUUGUUUGUUCAUUAUGGCCAUUGUUGAAGUUAGUGAGCUUUGUUCAUCAUCUGCCAUUGUUAAACUUUGUUCACUUGUAUUUGAAAAAAACAAAAAUGUCUUUGUAUGUUGUGUGAUUUCUAAGCAUUUUUACUUUGAAAAUCUAUUUCUUCUUUUCU